UGCAAUCUUCACGCCAAUUGGGCCCUGGGAAUAUGGCGGAGGAUAACAGAAGCGCCGAUCGAUUGAGAGAGCUUGAAUCGGAAGUCCUGCAGUUCCGGCGAGAGUUAGCCUGUGUCAAGGGUGAAAUGAUCCAUUUGAAAGAGACGGUGAUGGAAAUGACGUCGAGAGCCUUAGAGGCGACUAUGAACGCGGAUGAAAUUUCACGACCGAUCAAUUCGAACUUGAUAGAGCUCGUUAAGUUGCUGCUAAAGUCGCUUUCAACCACAAAUAGGCAAGCAAUGCCGGCCACCAUUUACCGGCUUGAUGUUGAAUUUCCUAAGUUUGAUGGCUCAGACUUUAGGAGAUGGGCAUCGAAAUGUAGACAGCUUUUUGAAGUGGACGCCACUCCAACGGAGCUCCGGUUCAAGAUUAUCAGCAUUCAUCUACAAGGUAAGGCUCUUAACUGGCAUCGAUGUUUUAUGAAAUGGAAGAAGAGAAGGGAGGUGAACUGGGCAGAGUAUAUGGAAGAAAUGGCCAACAGAUUUGUGGAUACUGAUAACAUAGAUCCUUUAGCUGAAUUGUUUAGGCUGAAACAGGAGGGUUCAGUGAUGGAAUACAUGGACAGGUUUGAAGAGCUAAUAUCUGAAAUGGUUAUAGCAGAAGAAAUAUCCAUUGAUCUCUUCUUAUUGGGGCUGAAACCUGAAAUAAGAGAUGGUGUGAGAAAGUUUAAGCGUUUAAACCUUGCCGACACCAUGCAUCUUGCAAGAAUGCAAGAAGCAAACCUACUAACCGUACCUACUAACCAUUGAAGAUUAAGAUGAUGAUCAAGAGGAUGAAUAGAAAGGAGCACCGAAAAUAGCAUUGUUGGAUGCAGUAGGUGGAAUAGAGAGUUAAUUUCACUAUGAAGGUAGAGGAUUAAUAUGUUGAAUUGUUGAUUAGUAAAGUUUUUAGAAGAGAUAACAUGCCAGGUGCUCAAAAUUUUGAUGCUGAGGGACACUGAUUCUGAAGGUGCUACUUGGGAGAAUUUCAUCAAUAUCAAGAGCAAUUUUCCUAGUUUUUUCUUUUUUUGAUAAAAGGGAAACAAUUUACGUAUAGUUUAAUAAUGGGUAAGAAGUGAAGUUACUUGCUGAUUCUUAGUUUGUGAGCUAGAUUUAGUUAGAGAAGUGUAAGUGAAUUUGAAUGAAACUACAUUCCUCUGUUGCUAGAAUAAAUAUGAGAGAUGAGUAGGUCUGUGGUUGAAUCUUCGAGGGAACAAUUUGAUUCUUUGAAUUACUUCUGUUGAUAGUCUUCCUGCCACCUGGU